AUGCAAUUCAAUAAGUUUCAUUGUUCCUCUAUUAUACACCUUGGGCGCAAGCUAUCAAAAGAAGAAGUUGAGAAUCUGUCACAAAAGAAAUGGAAAUAUAAGUGGGAGGUGCCUGCUGUUGGGAUGUCAAAUUGCAAGUGGAUGGGAACUGGAGACUGUUUCCUAAAGGAUGUUAAAAUCAAUUCUGCUUAUGGUCUCAAGCAAAGAUUGUAUAAGCACUGGUUGGAUGUAUAUGAGACAUCUGGAAGGAAUGAUUUUCAUUCAUCUAAAGAGAGAUUAUUCUUUUCCCUUUGCAACAGCUAUCGGGAUAUUCUGCACUGUGACAAGAAACCCUUUUAUCUUAAAGGCCUGGAAGAAGACUCAAGUAUCAUGGAUGCUUACAUUAUGCAUUCUCUGAAUCAUGUCUUCAGAAUUAGAGAUCUUGUGACAAAGAAUGAUUCAAAACUGGCGAAGCAUCCAGAGAUUGCUGACAGUGAAAUUUUUGAUGGUGAUAGUUUCCGUGAUCAAGGGUUUACUCGUCCUAAGGUUUUGAUCCUAUUGCCACUUAGAAACAUUGCGCUGCGUGUUGUUCAGAGGCUAAUUCAAUUGACCCCUACAGCUUGCAAGGUUAAUGUGGAGCACAUUGACCGUUUCUUUAAAGAAUUUGGAACUCAAAAGGAUGAAGACAAUGCGGACGAGGAUGAGUUAUUGGGAAAUUUAAAAGCUCAGAAGUCCUCAAAACCUUCUGACUUUCAAGCACUUUUUGGUGGAAAAAGGGAUGAAGAAGAUCAGUUUAUGUUUGGAAUUAAGUUUACUAGGAGGAGCAUAAGGUUGUACAGUGAUUUCUAUUCCUCAGACAUAAUUGUUGCUUCUCCAGUUCGUUUGAUUGGGAAAAUUUGGGAGGCUCAAAAAUACAAGGAAAAAAAUGUUGAUUUUCUUUCUUCUAUAGAGGUUCUAAUAGUAGACCAUGCAGAUGUCAUAGGAAUGCAGAAUUGGUCCCAUGUGAAUACAGUUGUUGAAGAAUUGAACCACAUUCCGUCUAAGCCGCCUGGAACUGAUAUUAUGCGCAUCAGAUAUUGGUAUCUGGAUGGAUUUGCGAGGUUUUAUAGGCAAACAAUUAUUUUGGGUUAUUAUUCUAACCCAGAUAUCAAUGGAUUGUUCAAUCGUCAUUGCAUUAAUUACCAAGGAAAGGUGAAGUUGGUAUGCGAGUAUAAAGGCGUUCUUCCAAAAGUUUUACUCCAAGUACGACAGAUAUAUGAGCGGUUUGUAGUGGACUCAAUAGUAGAUGCUGACGAUGCUCGUUUUGAAUAUUUUGUUAAGAAGGUUUGUUUGAAACAAUUCUUUUGUUAACUUAGUUAUAGAAAUGAAACAUAAAAAAAUAUAAUGUAUGCUACUCACCUCUCUUAGGAUACAUAUGUUAUCAUUAAAUUCUAGGCAACUUUAAUUUUAAUUUAGACAUUUGGUCCAUUCUAAAGUGGAAUGAGUAUUGAAAUUCUGAAAUUUCAAGCCCCGAAGGUCUUACUAAUAUUGGUUAAAAAUUUGAACUUUAAACCUUGGUUAUAGUUCAACUUACCUGGAUGUGGAACCUAGCUAUGGAGGUUCAUGAAACAAUAACCUGGAUGUGUGAACAGGUUGACUGUAUGUCUUACUUUAUAUACUCCCUCUGCCUGUGAUAGGUUGGCAUCCUAUUUACUAAAUUUAGUACAAGAGUUGCUUGUAUUGUACAUUCAAAAGUGAUAUGUUG